UCCCAACCCCAGAGCUACUUGGUAAUUUUGACCCUAAGAAACAAUGAUUUCUGCUUGGAUGGUGUGUCUAGAUUAGAUUUUAAACAGUUGACCAAGGAUGUGAGGCCAUCUUGCAUUUCUGACGCAACUGGUAAGACCCUAUCCAGCAAUUAACGGACUUUCUCCAGAGCUUGGCUGGUUUUCAUCCAUCUCAACCACGUGUACCUGAGAUCCUGCCCCUGCGCUUGAACUUGCAUUUCCCCAAAGGCACCGAAUACAAGUUUCUUUGUGUGCAAAGUAAGUAGCAAAUUCAUCACAAUGGGAUUGAUGACAUAAAUCCAGCAACUUUUGUAGAAGCAGCUUUGUGCUAGAGCCCAAUAUACAGUCAGCUGUUGUUAUAAACAGGAUAAAACUGUCACGAAUAUGACUCAUGCAUCAUUGCUCCCUUUGUAGGCAGGCAGAGAAUGCGGCAAGUGGUCCAAUAACUGAGCUCAUUAAAGAGACAGUUCACCUCCCACGGGAGGCCAAAGAGACUUGCUUGGGCAUACCACUUGCGCAGGAAUAGUUAUACCAGGAACUUGCAUUGGGGAUCUUGCUUCUGCCUCCUUAAAACCGGAGGAAAGGAAUUGGCACCUUCUCAUGCACAAUUGCUACUGCCCCCACCUCGCUGUUUGCAACCUGCUUUUCAGCUGACUAAACUCAGUGAACUGAAAGACUUAGUCCAAUGGAGAGCGGAACGAGAGACCUUAAAAUAAAGGAGGUAAGCCACCUAGAAAUAUAAAUAUUGCAAACCUACCCCUUCGAGGCUUGCUUUCCCACCAUUUAGUCCCAUUGUGACCAUUUAGGGAAGGGAGUUGGGGACCAAUAGCCACAUCCUCCUUUAAGGGAUCAUUUGUCCCCAGAGAAAGUAUACGUUAGACAACUUUUCUGAGGGUGUGUGUGGCAAAAUUCUAAAAUCUUCUGUGGGUAUCCCAUUACUUUGAUAUUCAGGGUUUAACAGGGUUCUGAGUCUUUCCCUGGCAUUGCUCUGUUCUUUCCUAUGGGUCGUUCUGUUCAGGAAACAUCUAGAAGGGGCAGAAAAGUUUUUGUGAAGGUAAACAAGCUAAAGAAAACCUUAGCUGUUUCUAUUUAAAAGGUAAGAACUCCACCCCAAAUAACUCCCCUCCCCCAAUUGAUCUUAAGGAGCAGGUUUGCCCUAGCUUCAUGAAAUGCUGAAAAGGCCGGGCCGAAUAGUUCAGUCCACCACUCUUUUCUUAAAAUUAUUUUGCGCUAGGUGAAUCUAUUAUGUUUUGUAAGGUCUCAGUAAGGCAGGUGUGGAGAACCUGUGCUGCACUACAAAUCCUGUCAUGCCUACAAUUCAUUGGCUACACUUGCUGGAGGUGAUGGGAGUUGUAGUUCAGCAACAUCUUGUGGGUCAAACAUUCCCCACAUUUGUAUCAGGGCAUCAGUCAGUACAGCUUUAUAGACUUCCGUUAGCCUCAUACUUACUGAGGUAGUAACUCUGGGCUGUAUGGCUUCAGAAUGGAAAUGGAGGCUUAUGCGAUGAAAAUGAGCAUGUAAGGGAAAGACUAGGUCAGGAUCUUCCACCCAUUGUCAACAUGGAGGUUUUUGUAUUUGUAAUACUCGGGCGUGUGAGCCUCUUCCUGCAGUCUGAAGUCAUAUAGCUCAGGCAUAGAUUUACCACCUCUGGGAGAAGUGGGCUCAGCCAGUCUUUCUGCCUCCUUUCCAUUAACCUUCUAUCAAACCCAGGAACCAUACAGAGUCAGACUACUGCUGCAUCCAGCUUAUUAUUGUUGACACUGACAUACUGGCAAUGUUAAACGCAGGACUCGUAUUUACCAGUUCAUGCCAUGUUUAUGCAAAAACACAGCGGUCUGAAAUCCUGGACACCUUCUGCCUAACAUCUAAAUUAUUUUGCUUAGAAAUGCUUCCACCAAAUUCCUAAGUUUUAUUUUAAACCGUAAGCAUGAUAUUCAAUUGUGGUGUGUUUCAAAAGGCUUGCACUUGGUUUGGACUUUGCGCAUAUAUACUUAGAAGGCUAUCCCUGCUGCACUCUAUUGGGCUUACUUCCAAGUAAGUAAGUGUAAUAUGGCACUGCAGCCGAAAACCUAAUCUGAGGGUACCAUGGCUGCUGGUUUUGUUUAGGUGGCCCAGCCAAGUUGAGCAAAUUUAAUCUGCCGUCUGAAAUUCUCCAGCCUAUCAUUAUAUUUCCAAUGGUUGUCCUUAGCCCACAGGGUCACUGGUACACUUGUGCUCACAAAAGUACAGGAUAUAUUUUACCAGUUGCUGGUCCUUAAUUGCCCUCGGGCAAAUUCUCUCAACUGAAACAUUCUUCCCAGGUCAGUUCCUGAGCAACUGUCCUCAUAAUGGGACGACAGCCUGUUUCCUCCCCUAUUCCCUUCCCAUUCAGAAAACCUGCUGAGAGAUCCUGCUGCCCUCUGCUGCCCCAGGAGUGCCAAGCCAAAGACAUCUCUAUCUGAUUUUCCACAAGGGCAUGAGGUUAAGUAAAAGAUCUAACUAUAUGGAUGGAAAAUCCAGCAAUAAAACAAAUGAGUGGUGAAGGCUGCCUAACACAUCAGGUUUAGUAUCUGAAACAAGACCGGGUAAUUUGGCAUUCCAAGAUUCAUGGAGAAGAUCAGCUGAUAAUACUCUGAAUUCUGACCAUUGACCAUAAUACAGGGGUACCUCGGGUAACAGACGCUUCAGGUUACAGACACUUCAGGUUACAGACUCCACUAACCCAGAAAUAGUACCUCAGGUUAAGAACUUUGCUUCAGGAUGAGAACAGAAAUCGCACGGCGGUGGUGGCAGCAGGAGGCCCCAUUACUUAAAGUGGUACCUCAAGUUAAGAACAGUUUCAGGUUAAGAACGGACCUCCGGAACAAAUUAACCAGAGGUACCACUGUAAAAAGAUUGAUUGAUGAUAAGACUGUUGGAAGCACUCCUAGAAUUUACAUGUUUUAAAUCCUUGUUUCCACCAAAGGUAAGGCUACCCUCCUUUCUUAAUGUUGCAGAUGAGAUAUCACUGGAUAGACAGAGCAGGGUGUGAGUGAGUACUUCUGUAACUCCUCAAUAAAGAAGGAAAAGUAAUGGAUAUGUGCAUUUAGAGUUGCAUUUGGAAAUGCACACCCAUUUGGAAGUAGCACAGCAAGAGUAGGUGACAUUUUCAUCUGGGGGACAAUUGAAUUCAGGUGCUACCUACCUGCAGCUCCCUUUUCCCAAUGAGAUGUGUAUUUUGAAGCCCAUCUGAGCGGGCUCCCCCAUCCAUGUUCUGCCCCAACUUGGAAUGCAUAACUGCUCUUUAUUAGAACUGCAAUGGAGCAUAACUCUUGCUAUGGAGUACUGAAAUUGCAGAAGAGUGUCAACACUGGUAGCAUCCACAAAGUUUCCUGAACAGUACUACUACUACUUCUUCUCUCUGAUUCCCACUGAAGAUAAUCGAGAAGGCAUAGUUUGCCCUUAACAAUGUUGUCAUGUAGCCAAAUCUGAUUAGUUCAAUGGCAACAGUGAUGCUAAUGUUCCCUAAGUUAUCUAUGAUCCCAUGAUUGGCUAGAAUCUUGCAAGGAAGAAGCUCUUUCAGAUCAUUUAAAUGGCAGCAGUGAUGUUAGCAUGUUCACUGAUUGGUUGGCUAUAGUGACUCAGUUAAGAAGCUUUUCCAAAUCAUUUAAAACUGUCCAAAAUCAAGGUAACAAUGGCCGCAAAUAGGCAUGAAAAAGCUAUAAAAGAGUAUAAAGCAGCAGUUUUCACAAACAUUUUCAUACUUCAUGAAACAGCAACUUUCACACUGAAAACCAAGCUCUAAUGAUAGAAUACCUUCAGUUGGCAAAGUUAUCAGGAAGAGUAAGAAAUGACACAAAACAGAGAGUCUACAAGGAAUGGAGAAUAUUUAAAGAAUACUUAAAAAAUCAUUAUAAGAGUGAAAUUCUCUUGGCAGAACUAGUCUGAUUCUUGUAAAACAAAAAGUGUAAAUAAUAUUAUGUUAGGUUAGGGCAUAUGAAGAUAAUUGAAUGUAAUAUGAGGCUGCACGUUAUAAAGGAAAGAAUAGACACAGUAAACGAAAAUUUUGGAAGUCUUUUUAAAGUUUAUUUAUAGAAAUCUUUGUUCCCCUUUUCCCCUUCUUUUUAUGAAAUUGUAUUUGUAUGAACAUAAAGGUCAAUUUGUUAUUAUAUUCGUAGAGAAGAUUUGUAUAAAAUUAUGUACUUGUUUUUCCUUAUUUUUCUUCUUUCUUCUUCUUCUUCUUCUUCUUCUUCUUCUUCUUCUUCUUCUUCUUCUUCUUUGUUCCAGCUUUUGUAUUGAAUACUGUUGUAUAUAUAGACUUCUUUUUUUUUAACUGAAACUAAUAAAGAUUAUUAAAAAAUAAGGGGGGGGGGGACCCUAAGCUCAUGAAAAUUCAGCACAGCACUAAUUUUCACUUACUUAGCUAACUAUGCAGCCAUGCAGCACGGUCCUAUGCAUGUUUAGUUGAAAGAUGCUUUCAUGGUGUUCACAGUGUGCCUAGUUUUGUAGCUGGAUAAUACCAAGCAGUCAUCUGUCUUGAACCAAAGCUAUAUAAAGUUUUAUUGAUGGUUGGUAUACAUUUGGCUGGUAUACAUUUGGCCAGCAGAGGGAACAAUAGACCUUGUUCUUGAACAACAUAAAGAAGGAAAAGCCUUUAUCGUUCCUGCUAAGGAAAUAUAAAUAUAAAGAGGGAAAUGUCAACAAGAAUGACUGAUAACAACCAUGAUUGUAAAUACUUUCACUGACUUAAGACAAUUCAGGCAGAAAGGGUGCCUUUAAACAUGUAUUUCUUACAUUGUGAAGUGACUUCUGUGGCUACUUCACAGGAAAUUCUUAUACAAGAGUGCCAUUUAUGACUGAGACAACAGCCUUCAGACUCCCAAAGUUUCACUCCUGGGCUUUUUCCAGGAGUGUCACGAGUGACUGGCCAAGGAAGAGAUUUGGAGGCAUGGUGAAAACAUGACCCAGAAUCUAGCAGCUCUGGGAAAAAGCAAAUUGAGUGUCAGGAAUCUGUAGUGAAAUGUUCAAAACUAAAUUGGCCUAUAUUGCAAUAUCUUUAUAAGUCUGCUGUGAAGCCACACUUGGAAUACUGGGUACAGUUCCAGUUGGCACAAUUCAAAAAGAACUAGAAAACGAAAGGAUAAUAAACAUGAUCAGAUGAUUGGAACAACUUCCCUACCAAGAAAGGUUACAAGAUGGAGAUUGUAAACUUAUGCAUCGUGUAAAGAAAAUGGAUAGAGAGAAAUUUCCUACAGCCCUCAUAAUACCAGAACCUGCUUCCAUCCAACUGCUGCCUAACACUCAUGUCAGUGAAUAAAACAGUUUUACCUGCUUGGGGAGAAAUUGCUAGCAUAAGGUUUGUCUCACAUGUUUUUAAUUCUUCAAUGGGAAACGCAUCACGGGAAAGGGAUUUGGAGUGUAGAAGCUGCAGGCAGAAAAAGCACCCAUCCCAUCAUUGUUUCUGUGUUCCGGAUUCCCAGCCCUCAAAGCUGCUUUUCUUUGAAAAUGUUUCUGCGUUUUGUUACAUGUGUUCAUACGGUAGAGAGCAAGGACAAAUGAGCAGAAUAGGGUAGGAGAGGUGAGAUUCUAAAGUCCACUUGUCCAGAAAGAAACUGCCUCUUGGCUUAAGCUAAGCUUUGGAACCAAGUACUUGGUCAUAAUACUUGCUACUUCUUGUCUCAUACUUUGUAACUUGGUGAAUGUUUGGGGUAGUAUGUUGUGGUCCAGCAAACUGUUUUUAAGGAAGGACACUGAGUUCACAUGCAACACCAAACCAUCGUUAAAACAAACCAAGGCUCAUAAGCUAACAAUCAACCAUGACUUAGAUCAUGGUUUGUUGGCAAUAAACAAACCAUAGAUUGAGCCAAUUUUAGACUUGAUGCUAAACCAUGGUUCAAUAAAUCAGAGUUUAAUAAACUAUGGGUUUAUUCUAUGUGUUAACGAGGCCAAUAAAUAUUGUGUAUAUUGUAAAAUUUAGUAUGGCAAAUUGUAUGUUUCAUAGCUAUACAUUGCUAGCUGCUGAACUGAGAAGGGGCAUGCUUCUUGACCUAUUUAAAUAUCACCCUUUUCCCAUACACUUUGUAUGCCAAGUUUCUUGUGCACUCCCUAAAGGGGUAACAUUAUGACUUCAUAUGUUAUCUAUGGUCUUCAGGAUAAGGUAUCUUCUUAGAGCAUACUAAUUCAAGCAACUGGGGGGAGGGUGAUAACAGGUGUGAGGAAGGACAUUCUGAGAUACUACAGGUCAUAGAAAGCUCCUCAGUGGGCCAGGAGACUGACAUACAGUGACAGUAACAGAUGGAAAUAUCAACUAAGAGUCAAAUCUGUCUCUAACCUUUAGCACUGCUGAGCCAAAAUGCAUAUCACUUUGAAAUGGAUGAGGGGGGUAUAGGAAAGUACCAGUAGAGACUGAAGACCAGCUGUGCCUGCCUUCUGUACUUCAACACACUGGAUUCCAUCUGGAGUAUAUAAGCCAAAAGAGAGCAAGAACGGGUCCUUAAAGAAGACACAGACUGGAGAAGGCCUGUAGAAGACAUGGAGCCAAAAGCCAAGGUGAAAAGGUAAGAAUGAUGUGAAGAGCCACUCUGAUUGUAUAAGAAGAUAGACAUCUCUAUUCAGAAGGAUUUUAUAUUAUAUAUACAUCCAUUUUUACAGUAUAAUAUAUAUUUACAUCCAUUCUUACAGUUUACUGUAAUGUUGAGAAGUUAUCAGGACCAUUAUUGCAGACUGAGGUUUAGAGACAGUGAUUUUUCCAGUACCAUUCAAUCAGAGCAGAGGAACUUAAAUAUUUAUGCUCAUGUUUGGAUUAGAUGACCUUCAAGGUUCCCCCCCCCAAAAAAAAACCCCUCUAUCAUUUGUUUGGGACACAACACUGAAUAUGCCCCACCCACAAAUAAAAACCCAAUGUUUAAAAUAUUUAAUUUAGUUACUAGUCCUUAUAGUUUUAAAAUGUGGAGAGCAGCUCAUGAAGUGGUCUUUUUUUUUUUAAUCUUGUGUUUUUGUGUUGUGAACCACCCUGGGAUGUAUAGAUGAAAGGCAGUAUGCAAUUUUAAUAAAUGAUAAUGAUAAGAAGCAAAAACUAGUCCAAGACUGUGUAGGAUUUUGUGUCAUCAUGUGGCAGGGAUUCAGUGUCCUAAAGACUUCUGUGUCCCUCUGCAAGAGAAGCAAAUGAAGUCCAAACUGAUGUGGGGGUGGUGCUGUGAGUUUGUGUAGAUACAGUAUGUGGGGUAGAAGCCUACCCUUAGAGGGCACAUCAAUCAGGGACCUAGACAAGAACUUGGUUGUCUGUCUCCAGCAAGAACGCCACAGAUGCUGUGAACCGCCCUGAGAUCUAAGGAUGAAGGGUGGUAGACAAAACAAACAAACAAAUAAGGUGUAGGAAAGGCCUGACUUCACCCAGAUACAACUAAGUUUAGUGCUGCUUAGCAAUUAAACAGUAGAGUUCAGUGGGUGUUUUGAUAGACUGCAUCACAGAAAUAGGGAACUAAUUAAUAUGAUGGUCUAACUCGGCAUAAUGCUGCUCUGUAUGCAGACCGCUAAGGCUAAGUCAAUAAUUUCCAAGCUUUGCUCUUAAGCAAUAAAAAAGGAACCUGGCAUAAGAUAGUUCUGCGUUUGUAUUCAACCUAAAAUCUUUUUUUUUGCUGAAAUAAAUUCCUUCUGCAAAUUCUCCCUGUGUACAUUUUUUAUGUCUCACUGACUGCUACCAAGCCUGCAUGUUGCAAACACACAUAUAUAAACUUAUAUCGCCAGUGAGAUGUGGCUUUUCAAGAUUGUGGCCUAGAAUGGAACAGACACACAUCACAAAUAUGCACUCACACAAUGCUGUGCUGUAGUGAUGACUCCUUGAACCUGAUUGGCUAUCAGUUACUUCCAGGGGGUUGGCAUGUAUGGCUGUGCUACUUAGGCCAGGAAGGGGCUGGGUCAUUUUGGUGCAGUUAGCCAUAAGCAAUAUUUUUUAUCAUCACCAAUGCAGAGUCUCCAAAACAAAGCAAAGCAAAAGUGCAGAUGGCUGCUUCCAAAAUGGCGUGUUUUCCAAUGGAUUUUGCUCCAUGAAUGGUGCCAAGCUGCCUGUGGUUAGAGCCAUAGAUGAUGAUGAAGAGUAUGGAAAAAGGUACGCCAGGGAGACCAAAGCCCAUGUCUCGGGGUUGGGAGAGUAACUGUGAAAUUACUGCCCAGCUGACAUAGGAACAGGUGAGGAAUUGCUCAAAUUGCUAAAUAAAUACCAUAUUUUCUUUGCUGCAGGAAAACACAAGAUGCCAAUUUUGAGAAAGAGAUAUUGGUGACAUCUGCAAACAAUUCAGGUAAUUUUGAAGCUUAGCAAGUUGCAAGACAGAUAUACGGUAUAUUAUUGUGGCUACUUGGCAAAAUGGUGCCAUGGCAAGGCAGGGAAAACCUAGAGUCCAAUUAAGACCACUGCUUCUACAUCUGAGCUCACACCAGCAUAAGUUGGAAUCUUACUUUGCCUCAGUUGCAGAAUCAAAAGCAGUGAAAAAGGCAAGAAUGGGAGGUGUUCUCAACAUGCAGUAAUAAGACGAAGAUGAUAAAAUGUUUGUUAACUGGGUUUAGAAAUCCUGCAUGAGAAGCCAUAAGCAACAGCAGCUCCAUGCCCAUCUGCUACCUGGAGAAGGGUACAUGUUCCACUGUCACACCAUGGAUUACUGGCAAUUUGACUGGAGCUGGACAUAGUUGUGUCUGUGUGAGGAGACCAUAUUAUUUUGAAAGAGGGCACUGGAGCAGCCACAGAGACAAAGAAGAGUGGAUACUACAAGAGUAGGUCAUUAGUUGGUAGUCCAGUAGGAAGGGUGUGGGUGUGGGUGUGUUUGCAUCCUACUGAAUAUAGGUGUGUAUUCACAGAACAUCUUUGUAGAUUCUGCUAGCAACAAUUAUUUUAGAUAGAAAAGGCAGAGAUCUUUGAUUUCAGAGGACAGGACUUCUAAGCAUCUAACCAGAAGAUCAAACAGAAAAGAGGUUAAUGAUGGGAUUUACACCAUAACAUGACAGUCAUCUAGACUAGACCAGUAGCAAAAAAGGGCCUUCAGUGGAACAGCACAAGCUUCCUACACAAGACGUUUGAUCCCUAACUAUGGUAUUGAAGAGGAAUGGGUACUUGUGACCCUCCAGAUGCUGUUGUCUCCAGCUAUAACUCUUCUCAGUUCCAGAUGGUAAGGCCAAUGGUUGGGGAUUAUGGGAGUUGUAGUGCAGCAACGUCUGGAAGGCCACCAGUUCCCCAUUCCUUGCCUUGAGAACAUGAGAUUUGGAAGAGCUUAAAAUAUAUGCACAUUCUUGAGACAGUGGCAUAUAAUAGGCAGAAUGAUUGGCACAUGAUCAGAUAGAAACUGUAAGUAUCUGACUCAUUCAUACAGGAUGUUUUUCAUUAGCCCAGUCCUUUUCAUCCCAUCUAGCAAUUCCUGCCUCCUCCCCAACCCCUGGUCAAUUUAGUUGUCAUACACCAUGGCAGCAACACUGAUCCUUUCAUUGAACCAAGAGUAAUGGAGGAAGGUAAAAUCAAGAAGGCUUUGAGCUCUUGGGACCUCCCAUUAGCUGGUACUCCAGCAGUAAGACCACACAAGCUCUCAGCUCUGGUACAAUGUUGUGCUGGGCCCUUGUCCCCCAUGCUAUGUGGAGCAUCAUGAAAAAACAAAGGUAGAGGAAAGUUCACCAUCCCAUGAGUACUUUUUUUAACAGCUAUGGCUUGUAUGUCAACUAUGAUUGUUCUUGGACAGGGAUAGUCUUGACAUGGUGAUCUAUGUGUUGGUAACCUCAAGACUCUAACAAUGCAAUACACUUUAUGUGUGUGUGCCUGGUCUUGGGGCUCCAUCUGGUGCAAAACACUAUGACGUGACUAUUGUUGGAGACAGAUUAUUGCCAGUACAUAUCUUUGGUGCUCAAGAGUUGCAGUGGCUUCAAUGCACUACCUAGCCAGGUUCAAGGUUCUUGGAUUAAUUUACAUGACCCAUAACAAUCUAGGUCCAGGAUACCUUAAGGACCACCUAAUCCCCUAUAUUCCUGUCCAAUCAUGGAUGUCUUCAGAGGAGUCACAAUUGUACAGUCCUGAUGCUGUGUCAUGAUUAGCUACAGAGACAGAAUCCUUACUAUCUACGUGCCCCCGGGAGGCUGGGUGGAUUAUAUGUUUGGCAGCAAUCUCGAGUUCAUCAACAGCUACAUAUUUAGUUACAGCAGCUAUUCUGCUGCAUAACUUUAGGUAAGGCUGUAUUAGCCAAGUCCCUGCUGCUUACAUACUGUGCCCCCAUCUCUGCCCUUUUUAUGACAGCAAAUUUCCUGCUAAAAUUUAUGCUAGUGUAAGAAUGCCAUUAUGUUGGCCAUUGGCCCCAACUAGAAUUGUGAUUGGUAGGGGGAAUUGGGAGCACUCCUCUACCCAUCCAACCAGUAUAACUCCCAAGUAAAGCAUUCAGAAUUUGUCAGUUGCUAGGCACCAUUGGCUAAAUAAAGCUACAUGUUCUAUGAAAUGUCAGCUGAGUAUACAUUUGCUGUCAGAUGUACAUCUUUAAAGACACCCAAGUCUUGGUCUAACAGGGGCAGGUGGUAAGACAUGGAAAAUCACAUGUGUUAGCAGUCUGCCAAAGAUGGAGAUCCUGAUCUAGCAUUUUAUUGACACUCCCGUAUCUGCAAAGGUUUCUUCAUUCAUUUCAAUGGAAGCAAGAUGCUUAUAUGAGUGUUCCUUUGUGUGCCCCAAUCUGCUGGCUCCAGUGAAGUGAAUGGGACAGUUGUCCAAGAGCUCUGAAUGUGCUCUGGAUCAAGAUUAUGGUUGGCAAGCUUCAUAAAAGGCAUAUCAAAAGAUUAUGUCCUUUAGUGGCCUUAAUUCUCUCCCCCCUACUUGUGUCAUACCUCUCACAUUCUUUGAGGAUGAGUCAUGUAUGUUAAAUGUAUAGCCACUAUACACUAUACCGUAGUGUAUGAGCACAGCAUAGUCUUAUUUCAUUGCUUUCAGUGGAAUCUGUCAUAAACUAAUCUUUGGUGCAAUGAAGUUAUUUACUAUUGCUAUUCAAUGCACCUCUGAAGUUUUCUAUGAGGUACAGUGGCAUUUAUUUCCAGCUCUUAACAAACACCAAUUUGGCUUUACAUUCCAAAGAGCUUUGUGUGACCCAGCCCAUGAGAAGCCUUACAGUGGAUGAAUACGCAAAAGCCUUUAAGUCAUUCUUAGACCAUUCAACUGAGCACCAAUGCAUGGGCCAGUUCAAUAAGGAGGAGCUGCCAGGUAUAAUAGCCAGGUAAGAAAAAAAAAUGAGAAUGCUUAAAAAUAUGAAUUUUGGGAAAUGGUCAAAUGUCUGUAGCUUCCUGCACUCUAAUGCUCAUCCUUCUCUAAAGGUCUCAAGGAAUAUUUAUUUAUUUUUCAUUUAUGUCCAUUUCAUUUAUGUCCAUUCUAUGAUAAUGGACGUGCAACGUGCAAACAAAUCUCAUGGGAUGCCUUGCAACCAAUCCUGAGUUCAGUAGGGUUUACUCUUACUUAAGUGCAAAGGACUGUGAUCCAACUCUUGAUGAAACUCCAUAUGGGAACUCUAGAUGGGAACUCCUUUGUUUUGUGCAUUAUUUGCCCAUUUGGCUUCCCCAAGUUACAUUAUUUAGAUGGAACACUCUUAAUUUAAGGCAAUCAAUCUUAAUUUAAACUGUUGCAGCUUCACAGAGCAUCACUGAUGUUGCUUAAUUCAGGGCAGUUUGAUCUAGUGACUCUAGUGCUCAAGAACUGUACUGUUAUAUGGCACAGAAAUGCUAGCCUGAGUUCAUUAUGGUCAUUGGUGUGUACACAUGCAUUUAUUGGACAAAAAUGACUGGAACACAAACCUUCUAGAAAUAUCUAUGGAAGCGGGGGGAAGCAUAUAUUGUGAUAUAUAUUGCUCAAACCACAUUUUGCUGUGAGAAAGUUUUGGCAAGGCAUUAGUGACAGUAGAACACGGUUUAGCAAAAUAAAUGUAGGGCUGCCAUACGUCCGGAUUUUCCCAGUUGAAACUGCGAUUUCAAAGGUGGAAUUGACAUGUGGGGGGAAUUUCUGAAAGGUGGCGCUUUGCCCUGGAUCUUAGGCAAGUCAAUAGAAAAAUCAUGGGGUGUUCUUUUUUUUUUCAUUUUUGUAAACUUUUGGGGUGUCCCAGUUUUUACUUUUUGAAAUAUAGCAACCCUAAAUAAAUAUCAAAACUCCUGUAUUUUAAUGCUAUAUAAUAAAUGCUUAUCCUUUUAGCCUUGGAAAUGGAAAAUCUACUAUCAAUGUGCUAGGUGUGGGAAGUGGCACAGGUAAGGAACAAAAAUCUAAAAAAAAUAAUUCAGUUAUGUAUCUGCUUUGAGUGGGACACUCACGGUGGCAGCUGCCAAUGCUUUGUUGUUGGUUUUUCCCUUUCUUUUAAUAUAGACACACAGCCUAUUUUGCUUUCAGGCUAAGGCAUCCAUUGGUCAAAAUUAUAAAUAAUAUGUGGCUCAUUCCCUGUGCACAUUUUCCUGAAUCUGGAUUUAUAUAAGUGCAAUGAAGUUGGAUUAUUUCCUUUCAGCGUCCAUUAUUCCACUUGGAGUACAGUUCCAAGUGUCAUAAGGCUUCAGUGUCUGGUACUGUUUCUGUAUAAUGUCUGAGAGGAAUUUUUUGUAGGAUUUUUUUUUUUUUUUUGCAUAGACUAUAGAAGGAAUGGGUGUAGCUCAAUAGUUAAAGCCCCUGUUUUCCAAGCAGAAGGGCCCACGAUUGAUCCCUGGCAUCUCUGGGUAGGGCUAGGGAAGAUCGUUGAAGGGCCAUUGUCCAUCAAUGUCAACAAUACUGGGCUAAAUGGACAAACAGUCCGAGUCACAAUCAGGCAGCUUCCUAUGCCAGUGCUGGGGAAAUGGCUAGUAGCACUUGUUUAAAGCAUCUGAAGCUUCUCUGAGGUAUACCUGAAAUACAGCAUGAUCCUCAGCAUGUUUACUUUGAGAUCAGCCACACUGAGUUCAAUGGAAAUAAAUUCUAGAUAAAUAUGCACAUGAUUUCAACCUUAAGGAUCGACUGAUUUUAAUGAAUGAAUUUGCUUUGAACUUAUCUUAUAGGUGAGCAAGACUUGAAAAUGAUUAGGAUAAUUCAGGCUGUGCAUCCAGGAAUCUUUAUCAAAAAUGAAGUCAUAGAGCCCAACCCUCAACACAUUUUGGCGUAUAAAGGUACAGCAUUGUAUUCUUUCUCUAUCAGGAUAACUGAGCUCAUGUUUUGAUCCACAUGAAGUUCACUUUAUCGAUUAUUUCAUAAACAGAGGCUGUAAGAAAUUCAACUGACCUAAAGAAUGUCUCAUUCAGCUGGCACCAGUUGACAUCCAUGGAAUAUGAGAAGCAGGCAAAAGAGCAGAACAUUCAAAAGAAAUACGACUUCAUACACCUGAUCCAGGUAAAUUAAGGACCUAUCAUAUGACAUUCUCUGUUUUUGUGUUAGCUCACAUUCUUUCUUCAAUAUAAUCAACAACACUUAGGUGUCCUGGUAUAUGACAGGCCAUAUUUCACCAGUUCAUCAGAAUGGAAAGGAAAUGGAUGUGAUGUUGAUAAUUCCUGCCAAAUUAUACUUUAGCCUUUACAAAGGAUUUGCUUAGUUUUGUGUGAGCAGCAAUACAUGUCUGGGAUGCAGACUAAAACCACUUUUUGUGCAAGUAAAAUCUGACAAAAAAGCGAGGGUUAAGGAAAGAAGGGGAUCACUCUCCUUCCCAUGGGACUGCCCAUACAGAUGCAACCUUGUAAUGUCCCAAUCUGUAAAAUUAGAAUUAAUGUGUUUUUUUAAUAUGGAGAAUAAAAACAAUGGGGCAUUUAUUAGUUUUCAUAUGCAGAAGCCCUCUAUGAAGUUUAUAAUGAUAUAUCAACAACAAAAUGUUUCUGGCAUUAUACCUUUUAGAUGCUGUACCGUGUGGAGGAUAUUGCAAGCACUAUCCGAUUUUUUCACAGCUGCCUAGAUUGUUAUGCUAAGCUUCUGAUUAUAAUCUUAUCAGGUGAGUGGUUUUAUUGUUUUUGUUUUUGAAGUACUGAUUCCCCAAUUUGAGUAAGAUUCUCCUGGAAUUAAUGGGGACCCAAUUCAGGCACCAGCCAGGGACUGCCAAUGUGAACAGUGCUGUGUGGGUGUGUGUCAGCCUGCCUGCCUGCCUUCAAUGCGCCCAUCCCUGUGCACUCCAUGCUCACCCUUGACCUUUCCACAUUGAGCAAGAUGGGCAGAAGGGGGUUUCUAAGCAUGUUCAUAGAAACCGAGGCAAGUGCCCUAUACAGUCAGACUUCUCCUUAUUUGCCAUCCUCUGUUCUGUAUAUAAGGGACGUGGGUGGCGCUGUGGGUUAAACCACAGAGCCUAGGGCUUGCCGAUCAGAAGGUCAGCAGUUCGAAUCCCCGCGACGGGGUGAGCUCCCGUUGCUCGGUCCCUGCUCCUGCCAACCUAGCAGUUUGAAAGCACAUCAAAGUGCAAGUAGAUAAAUAAGUACCGCUUUGGUGGGAAGGUAAACGGCGUUUCCGUGUGGUGCUCUGGUUCGCCAGAAGCGGCUUAGUCAUGCUGGCCACAUGACCCGGAAGCUGUACACCGGCUCCCUCCGCCAAUAAAGCAAGAUGAGCACCGCAACCCCAGAGUUGGUCAUGACUGGACCUAAUGGUCAGGGGUCCCUUUACCUUUACCUUUAUCUGUAUCUGCCUCCCUUUCCCUUCCUGUCCAGAAGGCUGCCAGGGAAGGAGCAGAUUGCUGUUGUGAGAUAUCUGAAUUGUUUGCUUGCAGAGGGCUUCCUAACCCAUCUUCCACUGCUCUAUCUCUUAGUUUUAUUUCUCAUUUCAGCUUUGCCUCCUCUCUCUUUCAGGCUUUGCCCACCCACAUAAGAUCAGACCUCAGGUCUAAUGCGUGAAAUGGGGGCUUGCCCAUUUAUUUAUUUUUUUAGACAGUAGAUGUGGUGUUGGAGGCUCUUGAUCAAGAGAUUCUACAACUUAUCAAGGAAAAUUACUAUUUAUCAACUACAGUAUACUCAUAUACAGGGUGUGUGGGUGUGAUUUCUACGUAGUAAGUGUGCCUACAAUAUUAGCUUUGGUUUAUGUCGCCUUAAUUCUGCACAAUGGCUCAGUGAAACUCACAAUUCCCUUCCCAUAGGUAAGAGUGGGUGGGCCUCCAUAUGGAAAAAUUACAGACACUGUCUUCCCCCAACUGACAGCGGCCACUACAUCACAGCUGAUGACAUCAAAGUUGUCUUGGAAGGAAUGGGAGUUACAUACCAAGUAUACAAUUUCCCUUCUUAUUGGGAUAUAACUGAAUGCUUUAUUGAAGGAGAUACCACUGGAGGUCAAACAAUGGACUUUCUGACAGGAACUAAAGACUUUAUGAAUUCAGCACCCCAGGAUCUGAAGCAGAGUCUUCUACAGGCUUUGGGCCAGCCAGAAUGCAGCACCAAGAAGGAUGGAAGGGUUAUGUUUGGAAAUGAUUUGAGUAUGUUUGUCGUAAAUUCCUAAUGCCAGUCAAAAUAGUAGACACCAUUUUAGUUUGUGUUUGGUUAGGUACUGAGCAAGCAGAAUCAGUUCUCUGUUGUGAAGAGAACUUGCUCAAUACUGGAGAAGAGAGGGGCACAAACGGGGGAAGCUUAUAAACAUUAAGAACUGGAAGCAAACGUAUUAGUGGAUCUUUUGUGAUUAAAAUGUUAUAUAUCUUGUUUAUCAUAGCAGGAGAUUGACAUUAGUUUUCAUGGAUACACACUGCCUCUGAGGCGCAGGAAAGUGUUGCAACAUAGAGCGUGAUAAUUUGAGUAUAUCAGCAAACUUUAAAUUAUGUUCACAUAGCAGAAAACAGGUACGGGGGACUAAUAUUUAAUGUAUUGUAUAUAUUUAAGAAAGCUCAGUAGCCUAAUUGUGUACACAUUACAUGAUCCCUAGGUAUUUAGCCCAGCAAAUAUUCUGUCCUGUGGUGCAUUUCUCUCUUUAUUACUUUGCAUCGUAAUAUGAAUUUUAGAUAAUAGGAGCUCCUUACAAUCAACACUUAGAGGCCCUGAGGACUUUAGUACCUUUAAGAUUUGAGAAUUAUUCAACACUGGCACACCAUCAGCAUGAGUAUGUUUAUGUACAUCAGCCCC